UAAAUAAGUCAAAGGUGCUCGCUACAACAAAUAUUACAAAUAUUUUUACUUGUAGCUUCAUUCUCGUAAGCGGCGGAAAAAUACGCCUCACCCUGUGCGUGUUCACGAAUGUCGGCGACGCACGAGUCGCCUAGAUGUCGCACCUAUUGUCCAAGCCGCGACGGUCCAUCCAUUGGUGGUGGGUGAGCCACUGCCACGCCAUUACCUCACACUUUCAAUAUUAGGUUACGAGAAUUUUACUUCAAGGUCUACUUUUAGGAGUAAAUAGAGGUGGUAUAAAUGCAAAGCCGAGCCUCAAUGAUACGCAGUUGAAGAACAGUAACUCGUGUGAAAAUGAAUCGGCUGGUGUUUUUUGUGUUGUGCUCCAUAAUCGGUGGUUCGUUAGGGUACAACGUACGAAGGGAGGCACCAUAUAAUGAAGGUCCAAAUCACUAUAACCUGGACUACAUGAAUUACCAAUCGGAGCCAUCGCAACGUCUGUUCUGGGGUAACCAGGGCUCUAAUCAAGUUGGUGGAACGGGUUUGUGGGGCACACUAACGAACAAGUUCCCGUUCCUUGGACCGAUGUUUGGGAAAAUGGAAUUGUCCAACCAAUACGGCGCACCGAACCAAUAUCCUUCACAGGCGCUGGCCGCUCAAUAUGGCGUCCCAAAUCAGUAUCCUACGCAGCCGCAGUAUAUAUCACCAGACAGAUACCAGGCUCAACUAUAUCAAGCGCAGCAGUUCAACCAACAACCUCCACUCAGACAAGGAUUUGUACCAUCUGGACGUGACGUAGCUUUGACAGAUGAUGCUGUGGUAGUGACGCCUCCGUUUGUUCCUGCCGUAGGAGCCCCAGCACCUCCCUCCGUGCCUCAACUUCCCCAAAUACCGAUUUCUGCGCCGAACCCUCCUGUUCAGCCCCCGCAAAAUCAAUUUACUGGAUAUAGUUACAAUAAACCGCAGUAUAGAUUAGAAUUGCCGCACAAAUAAUUAAGUGUGCUUAGAUAUUGAAUAUUAUAUUGUAAAAAUUAUGAACACGCACUGAGUAUAUAAGAAAUGUUAAAUUACUUUACAUUUUUGAAGGUAUCUACUUUCAAAGUUUCUCUUUCAGAUUGAUUUUUAACAAAAUUUCCAUUUAUUAAAUUACCAUUUAUAUAUGCUAAUAUAUACAGAACUAUAUGAAUAUAGAUAGGUACAUAUGUAUGUACAGCAAUGGAAUAUUUAGGUUUCAGUUACAUAAACUAGACCUAUACAUUUUUUGGUUUUACAUUACUGUUUUAACUCUAAAAAUUAUAAUAAGCAAUUACUUUGCCAUAAAACUUUUAUAAAAUCUUUACGAUGUAAUUGUUAACAAAUAAAACGAAAU